ACAACUGACGUGCAAAGAUUCAAGGCGCGCCAACUAUGCACCGAAAACUACUGAUAACGGUAUAGCUUCUUCAGCUCAGGUCGUCCGGCACGGGGAAGAUCAACAAAUUCGACGAUGGAUCCUUCUUCAACGUUUAGGCAAGGUCGGAAACCGCCGACGCCGAAGCAUCCGGACCUCUAUUCCACCUUCGUUAUCCACGGCAGCGACAAAGAGAAUGAUCAGAGGAGCGACGACCUGUACUCCACAGUUGUCUGCAAAGACGACUUCGUUGGUGGUUCGAUGGACGAUGUUUCGCUUCCUCCGAUACUCAAACGCUACUCCAAGGACGUCUGCGGCGGCGGUCCGGUUGAUACCGAAGACGAGGAUGAGGACGACUCUGUUUCCGGGACAAUGAUAGUGAAGAGUAGUCGCCGAAGACCUUAUUCCGCGGCAAUGUCGAGUUUCGAUCGGGUUGAGAGGAUGCGGAAGAGUAGGGUUGAGGAUGAUGAUGAUGGUGAUGAUGAGGAAGGGGAUUUCUCUACGUUUGUUAGGAGAGAGGAAGGGAACUUCUCUACGUUUGUGAGGAGAGAGAGUGAGAGUGUGUCAGGGACAAUGGUGAGGAGGACGAGCAGAAAUGCGAGUGGUGAAAACGGUGGAUUAUCGACGAUGAGCAGAGCCGUGGCGAGUAUGCAGGCCGUCGGGGAGGGUGGGAUCGGGAGGCAGAGGAAAACCGGGAGCGGUGCGGCGUCGGAGGAGGAGAUGAGGUCGCAGGCGGGUAAGAUCUCUUCGAGCUCCUUUCCGGAGGGCGUGAUUAGGGAAGACCCUACUACCAAGUACGAAAUUUUCAAUGAACUCGGGAAGGGUUCAUAUGGGGCUGUUUACAAAGCUCGAGAUCUGAAGACUUCAGAAAUGGUUGCCAUCAAAGUCAUAUCAUUGUCUGAAGGGGAGGAAGGCUAUGAAGAUAUACGUGUUGAAAUUGAGAUGUUGCAGCAAUGCAAUCAUCCAAAUGUUAUUCGCUACUUUGAGAGCUACCAAGGAGAUGAAUACCUUUGGAUUGUAAUGGAGUAUUGUGGAUGUGGAAGUGUUGCUGGUUUAAUGAAUAUAACUGAGGAACCACUUGAGGAGCAUCAAAUAGCAUAUAUUUGCAAAGAAGCGUUGAAGGGUCUCUCUUAUUUGCACUCCAUAUUUAAGGUUCAUAGAGAUAUUAAAGGUGGCAAUAUUUUGUUGACCUCUCAAGGAGAGGUUAAGUUAGGUGAUUUUGGUGUUGCUGCGCAGCUGACUAGAACAAUGUCCAAACGUAACACAUUUAUUGGCACUCCUCAUUGGAUGGCUCCAGAAGUUAUUCAAGAAAGUCGGUAUGAUGGAAAGGUAGAUGUAUGGGCGCUUGGAGUAUCCGCAAUUGAAAUGGCAGAGGGGCUUCCUCCAAGAGCAACAGUGCAUCCCAUGAGGGUACUCUUUAUGAUAUCAAUAGAACCAGCUCCAAUGCUUGAGGACAAAGAGAAAUGGUCUCUUUUGUUCCAUGACUUUGUUGCAAUGUGCCUUACAAAGGAUCCCCGUCUUCGCCCAACUGCAGCAGAGUUGCUUAAGCACAAAUUCAUUGAGAAGUGUAAAGGUGGAGCUUGUGCGAUGCUACCCAGGAUUCAGAAGGCAAAACAAAUUAGGUCAUCAAUGGCGGAAGCACAGAAAAUUGCUUCAGUGACCACUCAACAAGAUUUAGGAGGCGGUCCCAAAGUAAAUGAGACAUUUGGAGAUACAGUUCCUGCUGGUCUUAAAGUUGCCGAUAUAGUGUCAUCCACAAGUGUUGUGGAUAAGCAUAAUUCAGAAUAUAUGGAAUCUGCUGAAGAAGAUGACUUUGGGACUCUGAUAGUUCGAGAUGGAGGUAACAUAGAUAAAACAGCUACUAAAAUUGCAGUCAGAAAUGCAGAACCAUCUCCUCUUGAGCGUAUUGGAAGCGCCCGUAUGCUUGAUCUUGGUGAAAAACCAAUUGAGCCUUGGUUGCACAAUGAGACGGGCGUAAGUUCCUCAACUGGGGAAUCCCAACCCGGACAAGUGCCAGCCUCUACUCCUGCAAUGAUUGCUUCUCCUGUUCUAGACGAGAAGGGUAACAUCUUCCAAACCCAAGGUUCCUGGAAGAGUGAAACUGCCAGUCGAAGAGCUUUCGACAAGCUUCGCUCAAUAUACUCAGCUGGUAACACAGUACCAAUCCCCUUACUGAGAGCAAGCGACGUAUCACCAAUUGCACUUCUGUCUAGAGACGUGCUUGGGGCCUGGCAACAAGAUGAUACGCUGCAUGAACUUUUCACUCGCGACACUCCAUCAAAAAAGGGUCGAGGCAGACAAACCGAGGUCCCCCUUCCUCUAAGCAUACAUCAGCGACUAUCUUCUAGUCCUACUCUGAUGAAUCUAACCCAAGCAUUGGCUUAUCACAGGAUGGCCUUCGAAGAGAUGCCUCUACAGGAAAUGCAAGCUACACAAGAACAUCAGACUGUCCAAGGCCUUUGCGAUACACUAAAGACUAUCUUGCGAUUAUAGGUUGAAGAUGUCCCCACAAGAAACUAACUAGUCAUCCCUGUCUGGAAUGCAAUGCUGUCAAGAGACACUUAUCUUAUCAUCAUUCAAAGUCUUACAAGUUACAAAGAGGGAAUGCGGUUCGAUAACCCACAAACUCCGGGCACUUUCGAGGGAGACAUUCGAUAGGAAAUCAGCUGUUCUAUUAUGUUCUCUAUACAUAUGCAUCACUCUGACAUUCAUCUAUGACUUUAGGUUAAGAUAUUAAUAGUAUCAUUGAACAAUCAUAUACUGAUAAAAAUUUGCAGUGGUUGUAACCA